UGCUUGCCUUUUGUGUUUUUCUUCAAAAAAAACUCUCUCCUGCCCCAUCGCACCCACCGACUCCAUCGCCAAAUCUCUGCAGCAGCAGCUGUCCCUCGCUCUUCACUCGCCUUCUUCCUGUUCUCGGCUAUCACUCUCUGAAUAGGACCCAUGAAGAUGCAUUAUGAGGAGGAGCACUUGGCAGUGCUGUAUUUGUACACUGAUCAUGCGGCGUUUCUUCUCAUUCUGAGCGACGAUCUUACGACACGUUCUUAGCACAGUUGUGAUGCGUGUUUGAUUAUUGAUAAGUGGUUUUGUAUGCUGAGUAGAGGAGAGAUUGCAUGUAUCCUUGAGUUAGUAUGGACUGGGUUGUGGCUUCCGCCGUAGGUGCUGGUUGAGUUUGGUGGGUAAGUGGCAGCGAGAGAGUUUGAAGGGGUGGCAGGCGUGGUUGGUGAAUACUGUGUGGUUGUAUUGGUGGAUGAUCUGUAGAAUUGUGUUGGGUCAAGGAUUAGAAGGUUGGGUGUGGCGGUGUGGCAAUUUUCGGUAGCUAUGAACCAGUGCGAGGUGAUUCUGGCGCCUGUAUCCAGCAGGAAGGUCAAGUGCUUGAUUCCUGAGCACUAUCUUCAGAACAUGGACUCUUUGGGAUUGCAGCAACUUGAGCAUCUGGAGAAGGAAUUGGAGCAAGCAAAGAAAAAGCAGAUUUUGGUGUUAAAAGCUCAGGAACAUCGCGAAACUUCCUCACCUGAUACCAAACAAGUUUCUGAAAGUAGAUAUUGGACUAAUGAAGAGCGUCAAAGAUUCAAAAAAGCCUUAAAAACGUUUGGAACAGAUUUUGCUGCGAUUGCUAAGUUCGUGGGGACUCGAAGCUCAACUCAAGUUCGCACACAUGCGCAAAAAUACUAUGCAAAGUUGGCCAAGUCACACCUACCACUGAUAAGAGACUAUAAACGCUCAGGCAAGGCUGGAGCAACCAGCAUGAAAGCUUGCGAGGAUGCAACCACGAGGCAUACUGCGCCAUAAUCCAUUGUAGGUAAACAACCAAGUGUACGAGAUUAUGAGGCUCUAAUACACAUAGAAUUUUACACACAAAAAUUCCUGGAUUUAUCAAUCUAGCUGAAUGGAGUCGGCACCCAAACGAAUCGAGGCUACAGCUCAUUGGAACAAACUUGGAAAAUUCAAACCAGGCUUCGAACUUCAACCGUGCUUCAACCUGUUGUUGUUUUUUCGCCGAAGGUUGAUAAAUCAUUUUUGUAGACUUUGUGAACGAAGAUUGUUCUGUUUAUCUACCUUCAUUACAGCCGGACCCAGCUUCGGAAUCGCUUAAACUAUGAUCGAACAUCGGCUAGUAGCAUGCAAUGUGCACACAAAUCUUGUUGACGUCAACUGGUUAUUGUAUCCUUGCCAAUGGAUGUGAGUCUUUUGGAUGAAACAUCAGCCUUAUCGUGGAUGAAAGACGUAACACAACAAACCGAGAUUGUUAAAUUUUUGAUAUUGUAUGGUUUUAUGAGUGUUUAAUAACUAUAUCUUAUUUUAUUUUUUAUUUUUUUAUAUUGAUUUAAUUAGUGUGAGCAUAACAAUUGGUUGAAUUGGUCAAU